GUCUGAUCACUAUGUUAAUGAUUUUUUUGUAAAUGGAUAUACAGUAUAUAUUUAAACUUUAAAUUUAAAGGAGUACAAUGAUACAUAUACGCCAAACUGAAUAGGAUAAAUUAACAGAUGAACUUAUAAGAACACUCAAACCAGUGACAGAAAAACGACAUGGCUUCACAAUAUGAGGAAAAAUCUGUGAUGUUAAACAGCAAAGAUGAGGAACAAGCAGAAGAAUCCUUCCAUGUAAAAAAACACUCAUUUGGUGAAAUACAAGAGACAAGCUUAAGAGGAGAGGAGCGGGGAAAGAAUGUCCGACGGAGUCAGUCGCUGCAAGUCCUGGCGUUGGAGAAUAUUAUGAUGGAGGACACACUUGAUGAGGGAUUUUUGAUUGGUCGUCGUCAGAGGUCCCUGGACAAUUUAUAUUCACGGAAGUCACGCUCUAUGGUGCGCAUAACAGAAGUGGUAUCCCCUUACAAGAUGCUGUUCUCAUCUGGGUCAAGGGCUGAUGUUACUGAGAACUGGAAAACCCCUGUGAAAGUUUUCAGCGAUAAACGACGGGGAAAACCAAAAGAAGACAAGAAGUUGUCCAGGAGAAUAAGGUCUUAUUACAAGGACCAAGAUGAGCUGAUCAAAGCAUUUGAAGAGAUACAACUGGAUGCAAUCAGGUUUGAAGAGCAGGAGGACCUGGAUAAACAGUUACAGAAGACAGCUGAAUUGCUCGCAAAACUAUCCUUUGGGCUUAACUUGUUGCUGUUGAUAGCGAAGGCAGUGGCUGUAGGCCUGUCCGGUUCCAUUUCAAUAAUAUCUUCUCUAGUGGACUCAAUUAUGGACCUGGCUUCUGGUAUCAUUAUCUGGUGGACAUCAAAAGCAAUGAAGAAGAAGAAUAUCUACCUUUACCCUGGUGGUCGAUCAAGACUGGAGCCAAUAGCCAUAGUCAUUCUCUCGGUCAUCAUGUCCCUGGCCUCUUUUCAACUGAUUGUAGAAUCUGUGCAGCUUUUCAUUGGGUUCGCAAAGAAUGAAGGCCAGACACCAUCGAUGGGGAUACCGACCAUUCUGAUUGCUUCUGGAACAGUUGUGACCAAGUUUAUCCUGUACUUGUUAUGUUACUGUCUGGGCCGUAAGAGCAUGUCAGUGAGGACUUUGGCACAAGAUCAUAGGAAUGAUGUGCUUUCAAACAUUGUAGCUGUCAUCUGCAGUUACCUUGGGUCUAAGGAGUUUAUAGGUAUUGUAGAGGAAGAAAAUGUGAAGUAUAUUGAUCCUAUUGGUGCUGUUCUCAUUUCCAUGUACAUCCUUGUCAACUGGUGGAGAACAGGAUAUGAACAAAUUAAAAUGCUAACAGGCCACACUGCUGAUCCAAACUUUCUAAGCAAGCUUACAUGGAUCUGCUUAAAUCAUCACCAAGAAAUUAUAUACAUAGACACUGUUAGAGCUUUUCACUAUGGAAAUAACUUUCUUGUGGAAGUUGACAUUGUUCUGCCAGAAGAAAUGUCCUUGAAGGAGGCCCACAAUAUUGGAGAAGCACUUCAGCAAAAGUUGGAGAAGUUCCCUCGAGUAGAGCGUGCUUUUGUUCAUCUUGAUUACGAGAUAGAGCAUAAUCCAAAUGAAGAACACAAACCUAUCUAGGUGAUGUUCAAGAUACUUUAUAAACAUGUGUGUACAUUAAACUAUUAAUUAUAUUAUUGGGAAGUACUAUGGUCAUAAUUGUGCUUUCCUACAGUACCAUACAUUCAAUCAAUCAAUCAAUUAAAAUGUUUCCAUUAUAAACAAAUUAUUUGCAAGAAAGUAACAAGAAUAAUCAUAAAUUCAUAUUUAAUAUCCAUUAGGUGAUAUUAUUGAACAAAGUUGACAGUGAAUGUACAUUAUUGAUCAAGGUUGACAGUGUAUGUACAUUAUUGAUCAAGGUUGACAGUGUAUGUACAUUAUUGAUCAAGGUUGACAGUGUAUGUACAUUAUUGAUCAAGGUUGACAGUGUAUGUACAUUAUUGAUCAAGGUUGACAGUUAAUGUACAUUUUUGAUCAAGGUUGACAGUGUUUGUUCAUUAUUGAUCAAGGUUGACAGGUGUUGGUACAUUAUUGAUCAAGGUUGACAGUGUGUUGGUACAUUAUCGAUCAAGGUCGACAGGUGUAUGUACAUUAUUGACAGUGUAUGUACAAUAUUGAUCAAGGUUGACAGUGUAUGUACAUUAUUGAUCAAGGUUGACAGUGUAUGUACAUUAUUAAACAAGGUUGACAGUGUAUGUACAUUAUUGAUCAAGGUUGACAGUGUAUGUACAUAAUUGAUCAAGGUUGACAGUGUAUGUACAUUAUUGAUCAAGGUUGACAGUGUAUGUACAAUAUUGAUCAAGGUUGACAGUGUAUGUACAUUAUUGAUCAAGGUUGACAGUGUAUGUACAUUAUUGAUCAAGGUUGACAGUGUAUGUGCAUUAUUGAUCAAGGUUGACAGUGUAUGUACAUUAUUGAUCAAGGUUGACAGUGUAUGUACAAUAUUGAUCAAGGUUGACAGUGUAUGUACAUUAUUGAUCAAGGUUGACAGUGUAUGUACAAUAUUGAUCAAGGUUGACAGUGUUGUUACAUUAUUGAUCAAGGUUGACAGUGUAUGUACAUUAUUGAUCAAGGUUGACAGUGUAUGCACAUUAUUGAUCAAGGUUGACAGUGUAUGCACAUUAUUGAUCAAGGUUGACAGUGUAUGUACAUUAUUGAUCAAGGUUGACAGUGUAUGCACAUUAUUGAUCAAGGUUGACAGUGUAUGUACAUUAUUGAUCAAGGUUGAGAGUGUUUGUACAUUAUUGAUCAAGGUUGACAGUGUAUGCACAAUAUUGAUCAAGGUUGACAGUGUAUGCACAUUAUUGAUCAAGGUUGACAGUGUUGGUACAUUAUUGAUCAAGGUUGACAGUGUAUGCACAUUAUUGAUCAAGGUUGACAGCGUUUGUACAUUAUUGAUCAAGGUUGAGAGUGUAUGUACAUUAUUAAUCAAGGUUGACAGUUUUGGUACAUUAUUGAUCAAGAUUGACAGUGUUGGUGCAUUAUUGAUCAAGGUUGACAGUGUAUGUACAUUAUUGUUCAAGGUUGACAGUGUUUGUACAUUAUUGAUCAAGGUUGACAGUGUAUGUACAUUAUUGAUCAAGGUUGACAGUGUAUGUACAUUAUUGAUCAAGGUUGACAGU